GAAUUAUUUAUUGGACUAAAUUCAAUCCCUUUUAAUGAAACUGAACAAUUUAGGUUUGAACGAAAAAUUGAAAAACAAGAACUCACCACCGCUCAGUUAUUUGCUUUCAAACUUAAAAGAGAUGUUUAUCGGGCGAUUACCGAUGAAGUUUUUAAAGUUGAACCAAUAAGCAACCACGCUAUAGAGUGUUAUGAAAAUUAUAUUUACCGAUUCAUUGAUAACAAAACAGCAUUCGAUUAUCGAGAUGCAACAAAUGAUAAAGAUUUUAAGUUGUUAGAAGUCUCCGAAGCGUUUCAUGAAAAAAUAGAUAAUUAUCCAGAUGAUACCAAAAUUUUGAAUUUUUGA